UUUCCUUCUUCCUACCUCCCUCUUUCCUGGCUCCUGACCUCAUCUUCAUGGAGUAUAUAAUUAGAGGUCAUGGUCCAUGGGAUGCUGCAGCUCAGACGCGGAGAAUUCAUUCUUCUGCACCGUACGUAUACGUAGACCGGCAAUUUCUUGUGUCUCGUCUAUUUACUUUUUGAAAGGAAAGAAUGGGGGAAACGGGAGGCACCGGCGGCCAGUACCCCGAGUUUCCGGCGGUGGCGACCCACGGCGGCCAGUACAUACAAUACAACAUAUUUAGCAACUUGUUCGAGAUAACCGCCAAGUAUCGCCCGCCGAUCAUGCCGAUCGGUCGCGGAGCGUACGGGAUAGUGUGCUCGGUUUUGAACACGGAGAGGAACGAGAUGGUGGCGAUGAAGAAGAUCGCGAAUGCUUUCGAUAAUUACAUGGAUGCGAAGAGGACUCUUCGAGAGAUAAAGCUUCUUCGCCAUUUGGACCAUGAAAAUGUUAUCGCCAUAAGAGAUGUGGUUCCGCCUCCUCUGAGGAGGGAAUUCAGCGAUGUCUACAUCGCGACGGAGCUCAUGGACACCGAUCUUCACCAGAUAAUACGAUCUAACCAAGGUUUAUCAGAGGAACACUGUCAGUAUUUUCUGUAUCAGAUCUUACGCGGCCUCAAAUACAUACAUUCAGCGGGUGUGAUCCAUCGUGAUUUGAAGCCUAGCAAUCUGCUUUUGAAUGCUAAUUGUGACCUCAAGAUAUGCGACUUUGGUCUUGCCCGCCCCAACUCAGAAAACGAGUUCAUGACUGAGUAUGUUGUCACAAGAUGGUACCGGGCACCCGAGCUACUGCUCAACUCCUCCGAGUAUACUGCUGCAAUAGAUGUGUGGUCAGUUGGCUGCAUUUUCAUGGAGCUCAUGAAUCGGAAGCCUUUGUUCGCCGGGAAGGAUCAUGUUCAUCAGAUGCACCUCUUGAUUGAGCUUCUCGGCACACCCACUGAUUCAGACAUAGAUUUCACACGAAAUGAGGAUGCCAGAAGAUACAUACGCCAACUCCCACAGCACUCCCGUAAGAAUCUUGCGAAUGCAUUCCCGCAUGUCAAUCCUCUGGCCGUUGAUCUCAUCGACAAAAUGCUCACAAUAAACCCCUCCAAGAGAAUUACAGUUGAAGCAGCUUUGGAGCAUCCAUACCUUGCAAGAUUACACGAUGUCGCAGAUGAGCCCAUGUGCCCGGAGCCAUUCUCAUUUGAUUUCGAGCAGCAAGUGCUGACGGAGGAGCAGAUCAAGGACAUGAUUUACAAGGAGGCCUUGGAAUUAAAUCCCGAGUAUGCGUAAAAAUAUACUUAUACAUGCAUUAAAAGCGCUGAAAUAAUUAAUCGAGUAUGGGAAUGAAUAAUUAGGAUAAUUUCAUCUGGAAGGAGAGCAGGGAGAUCAUAUAGAAGAGGACAUAUUCAUGUUGUAUGUAGAAUGUAUUAUGACUGUCCACUCGUGUGGACAUUAUAGCUUCGACUUUUGCUCGAAAAAGACUCAUUUUCGGUUGUGAAACCUUGCGAGUAUCUAAGGUGGCUGCUGGUGCUUUUUUGAAGAGUUUCUUCUCUUGUGAUCUUUGCUUUAGAGUGUAUAAUGUAUUUUUAUGAGUUUGGAUUUUUUUUUUUCAUUUUUGUUUUGUAUUGCCCUAUUCGGGUUUGGCUAUAACAAUAAAACAUACGUAAUUCAGAUGCUUCAA